AGAAUUGAAUUUUGACCAAUCAAUAAAGUUGAGCAUUCUUGUAUCUUAACUAAUGACAAUGGUGAGGGUCUCAUCUGUCUUUAACUAAUGUCUUGUUUCUACCAAAGAGAAGACAAUAAGGAACCUAUUAUAUUUCAUACAUUCAAACUAUAGCUUCAUCCACAAAUUGAAGGCCCCAAAUCAACAUGAGCAACAGACAUCAGCACAUGGAUUUGCCUUUGGUGGUUGUGGCAAAAAUUUAAGCUCCAACUCAAAGCCCUAUCCAGCCCUGUAUAAAUUGAUCAUCAAACACAAGCAUUAUCUACUCAGCCAUCAGAGAUCUAACUUUCUUCUUUCCAAUCUUCUAGAAAAAAUAAGAAUGCUCAGUGCUAAGAAGCUCAUCAAGAUGGCCAGGAAAUGGCAGAAGUUUGCGGCCAUGCAGAGGAAGAGGAUUUCACUUCCAAGAAAUAGAAAUGAUGCAGAUAGUUGUAGUAUGUCGUCAUUAUUAGUAGCCGGAAAAGGCCAGUUUGUAGUGUAUACUACUGAUCAAAGGCGCUUUGUGAUUCCCUUGGCUUAUCUUGAAAACAAGGUCAUUUUGCAACUUUUAAACAUGUCUGAAGAAGAGUUUGGUCUGCCAAGUGGCGGUCCUAUUACAUUACCGUGUGAUUCAGCUUUCAUGGACUACGCUGUUUCCCUAAUCAAGAAAGGUGCAGCUGUCGGAGAUCUUCACAAAGCAUUGCUCCUCUCAAUUACUAAUUCAAGUUGCUCUUCAACUUCUUUUCUGCACCAAGAAUGGGGGAACCAACAACUCCUUGUUUAUUAGUCAUGAUCAUUAUCCUUAGUGUAUGAUAGCUCAGAAUAGAUUGUAUAGCAUAUGAAAAGUAGGCAAUUAAAGAUGUUUAUUUCAGAUGGAAUAGAGAUUUAUCUGAAAUUUCACCCGAUCUAAAGCUUUCAAUUU